AACGAGUUCAGAGCCGACAUGGGCAGUCGACCACUCGACCAGGAAGACGAUAAAGUCUGUCUUCCGGCUGAGGCAUGCCUGUCACACGACUCACCCUAUCACCAGCGUCGGGCAGCGGUUGCCGCCCUGUUUCCUGCAUUCCUCUGCUUCCUUUCGCUUUCUUUCUGCACAUAAUAACGGAUACAAGACCACGCUUGCCUUGACAAACAGGCCACCAUCUAGCAAGCAAGCCUCGCACCCACCAGCGGUCUGAAACAAUGACGCGCCUGCAGCGCACCCCGGUCACCGGUGCCGCGGCCGCGCGCCGCACCCUGCGCCUACUGGCGGUGGCGUGCAUACUGGUGGCCGUGGCAGUCAAAGCAGGCCGUGUCAUCUCGGAUGGCGGAGCAGGGCCGUCUACUGCCGACACAGCUGCGGCCCCCACCACAGCCACAGCCACACCUGCUCCCAAGUCUACGGGUUCAGUUCUGAAGGCUAUUGCCGGGCCCUCUGCCGGCGCCACUGCCGCUGCUCGCGGCCUCAAGCAGUGGAUGCCGUGGAGCAAUUUUGACACUGACAAGCUGCCGGCACUGCUGCAGGCGGUGCAGAGCAGGGGCAAGGCGCAGGCGUCAGCAGCUGUGCCGCAGCCUGCGGUGCCGGUAGCACCGUUGGCACAAGCAGCGCCCUUCGACAUUCCUGCCGCGACCGCCUCCGUCUCUGCCUCCUCCACUGCCGCCUCCGCCCCGCAUGACGACGUCGCCCUGGCUGCCGCCAAGGCGCUGGGCACAGCCUCUGGAGGGAUAAACGUGGUCAGCACGUCACCGCUGUCGCUGUCAAAUCCCAUCGACAUCAUUGGCGGCAACUACAACCAGCGGGCAAAUGCGGCCGGUGCUGCGGGGCACUGACAGCGGCGCGUCUAGGGACAACCGGCGAUUGAUGUGACACACCCGUGGCACCCCCUGAAAUCGGCGAUCAUGGCGUGCCUGCAUGUGAUUAUAUAGAUGUGUAGAUGUGAUUAGGAGCUGCCAGGCGUAGGGUGCUGCACGGUGAUGCAGAAGGAAAUAAUCCGAAGAAAUGACAAGGAGUCACCAAAAAAAGCGGUAGCGUGGGACUACCGUACACAGGCCUGCAGUUGCGACGCUAACCUUGAGACUGUCAUACGGGGCUGGGGUGGGCUCACACAGUCGCAUCUCUCCGCGACUCCGUGUCCCCAGGUGUCUCUGCACGGGUCACACAAGGUCGCAAGGUCGCGGUAGGGCCAGCAUUGCCAUGAACCUGCCGACGUGAUGUGAACCUUCAAAGUUCCUGCUACCCACUGGCCACGGUGGCCACUUGGUCAAUACUGAAGUACAUCCGCUGACGGCGGCGGGGCUCGUGGGCAGCAUCGGGGAGAGACCGGGGAAGUCGGGGGAAGCAGCACAAUCGAAAUCAAAUCCA